AUGGCUUCGUUAGCCAGGGUUCGACUUGCUCCCAGACUCCCUGCUGGUCUGCGUGUUCAAGUUCGCAGCGUUCAAACCACUGCGGACCUGACCCAGCUUCGAGACAAGCCCUCCGACCCCUCUCAGCCCAUUACAGUCAAGCUUCAUGAAGACUCAUUCCAGUCGUAUCUGUGCGACAAGCCUGACCUCGAGGUUCAGGUCACUGGCGAGGAGCUGCUCACCAUGUACAAGGAGAUGCAGACUAUGAGACGCAUGGAGAUGGCUGCCGACGCCCUGUACAAGGCCAAACUUAUCCGCGGUUUCUGCCAUCUGGCAAUCGGACAGGAAGCCGUUUCCGUUGGCCUUGAACACGGAAUCACCAAAGAUGACCGUGUCAUCACCGCCUACCGCUGCCACCCCUUCGCCGUUCUCCGCGGAGGAACAAUCAAGGGUGUUAUUGGCGAACUCCUUGGCCGCCAGGCCGGCAUGUCGCACGGAAAGGGUGGUUCGAUGCACAUCUUUACCCCUUCAUUCUUUGGCGGCAAUGGUAUUGUCGGUGCUCAAGUACCCAUUGGUGCUGGUGUCAGCUUCGCCCAGAAGUACAUGGGCGAGAAGACCUGCACUUUCGCUCUGUAUGGUGAUGGGGCCAGCAACCAGGGACAGGUGUUUGAAGCCUACAACAUGGCCAAACUGUGGAACCUGCCCACUGUCUUUGUAUGUGAAAACAACAAGUACGGUAUGGGUACCUCUGCCGCCCGCUCGUCCUCCAACACCGAGUACUUCAAGCGCGGUGACAAAAUCCCUGGUCUCCAGGUUAACGGAAUGGAUAUUCUCGCCACCAAGCAUGCCGUUGAGUAUGCUAGGAAGUGGACUGUCGACGACCAGAAUGGCCCUCUUCUCCUUGAAUUCGUGACAUACCGCUAUGGAGGACACUCCAUGUCCGACCCAGGAACCACCUACCGUACCCGUGAGGAAGUCCAGCGUAUGCGUUCUACCCAGGACCCCAUCCGCGGCCUCCAGAAAUACAUCGAGGAGUGGGGUGUUGCGAACGAGCAGGAGCUCAAGCAGCUUGACAAGGAGGCCAAGGCUGAGGUCGACGCCGCCGUCGAGGAGGCCAAGGCCAGCCCUGAACCUCUCAUCAAGGACCUCUGGACAGAUAUCUACUACAAGAACACUGAGCCACCUUACAUGAGGGGACGGGAGAGGGAGGAGGUUCACCACUACUAA